AUGGCCGACGGCGUACCGGUUCGAAUGCUCAACAUCGGCCAACGGCCUGCAACGCCUGGCGAAAGCUAUACAACGGACGGAAGGCCUGAGUGGGAGUCGGAGUGGGUGUCGGACGCACUUCGGCAGGCGUUGGAAUUUCAUCAAUUUGUGCUGUUGGAUAUGGAAUGCGAAAAUGCACCAGCUGUCCUGGCACAGGCUUCGAAAUAUGAACUCUUCAACGCAUCGUUCCAUUGGUUGAUAAUUGAUAAAAAUUACUACGGGAUUACUGGCAACUCGUGUCUGGCGGGUGAAAACUUUGGAUGCAGCGAGCUUGUUAGGGCGAUGAAGCACAACGCGACCUCCGACGAGCACUUCGCUUACCGUUCCGGGACGGCCAGCACCAAUUCCGACGCGGGUGCCUGUGGCGAUACCUUCGAUCUGCUUAGAACAAUGAACGUCAGCAUCAAUGCAGAAAUAACCGUGACGAGACCGACGGAGGCAACCUAUCGGGAAUUCACACUCUAUGAUCUCUGGAACCCCGGCUUUCUGAGCGGAGGAAAAUUGAAAAUCGAGCCCUUCGGAAGGUACACGGCUGACGGCUUGGUGAUACCGCAGCGAGCAACGACUGUGGCUCGCCGCCGAAGCAUGGACGGCCUGAAACUAAAGAUAAUGACCGUGGUGACACAAAGGCCGCACCAGCCGUUCGAAACGUAUCUGACGACCCCGACCAACACCCAUCUGGACUCGGUUCACCGUUACAACUACGGGCUGAUGAGCAUGCUGAAGGAUUUCUAUAACUUCACGUUCAUCAAUCGCCGUACUAAGAGUUGGGGCUAUCUACGAAAUGGUUCGUUUGAUGGUAUGAUUGGGGCACUGUCCCGAAGAGAGGUUGAUCUCGGUGGUUCGCCAAUGUUCUUUCGGCAGGAGCGGCACCGCGUAGUGAGCUACACAUCGCGGACCUUCAUUGAACGACCGUGCUUCAUUUUUCGGCACCCGCCCAGACACGAUGCAGUGAAAAAUCCAUUUUUGCUUCCUUUCGAAAUAAUCGUUUGGUACUUGAUGCUGGCCUGUGGUGCAACGCUGACGACAGUUUUGUGCAUGAGUUUUUAUUUUGAAGAUGAGGCUACGACGGUAUCCCACCGUGUCGCUCCGAUUGCAAGUGGAACGUUCGGCAGCUCGAGGAAAAACUCAUCAAACGGUGUACUAUCAUCGGCUAUCAUCAGAGCUGCGAAAACGAUUGCGGCGGCGUGUGUUCGAAUGUUGCAGAAAUCUCCAACAAACGCAAUCUCCAACGACGACAAUAAGGGCACACGUGCUGUGGCCUUUGCCGGUAGAGACAACCGGGAAAAAGUUCCGGGUGGCCCAGAGUCCUUUGGAAGCAAUCGUAACACGUCGUUGGCGCAGGUAUUCCCAUAUGGGGAAGUUUCGAACGGCACGAGCCGUGCCCUACAGUUGACACCCCGGCAUGGGGAUUCAAAUACGCCUCUCCUCUGGGCAAACAAUUGCCGUAACAAGGAUGUCGCAGCGAACAUAUCGUCGACGCACGAUGACGGAAACGAUGGCGCCAAAUGCAAUUAUCGGGCGGAAAAGGUAUCGAAAAGCAUUUUGCUCUUUCUCGGAGGCGUUUGUCAACAAGGAUUAUCCGAGAUACCGCACCUAUCAUCCGGCAGAUGUACGUCAUUUUUCAUCCUGCUCUUCGGCUAUCUCAUGUUCCAGUACUACUCGGCCAGCAUCGUCGGAUCGCUGCUAAUGGAGCAACCGAAGAGCAUAAAAACGCUUCGGAAUUUGAUUGACAGCCGUCUAACGCUCGGGAUCGAGGAUAUUCCCUAUUCUAGAGAUUACUUUGUGCGCACGACGGAUGCCGACUCGCUGGAACUGCACCGGACCAGAAUCGAGUACUACGACGAAAGGACGGGACGCAACGAGUCGCACUUUCUGCCGGCCGAGGCCGGGCUAAGGAUGGUGCGAGCCGGCGGCUACGCGUUCCAUGUGGCCAUUUCGGCCGCCUACCGCAUCAUCCGGGAAACGUUCGGUGAGCGGGAAAUUUGCGAGCUGAGCGAAAUUGAUAUGUUUCCCGUUUCGUCGCAGUGGAUGAUUGCGAUCGUGCAGAAAAACUCACCGUACCGCGAUGUCAUAACGUAUGGAUUACGCCGGUUGAAUGAAGCGGGAUUAAUGCAGCGGCAGAGGCGCGUCUGGCAGGAGCCGAAACCGAAGUGCGUCCGCCAGAUUGCCCCGACCGAUUUGAUAGUGGGCGGCGAUGCGGUCGCAUCGGCGUUUAUGUUGCUGAUUGCCGGCGUAGCGCUGUCAGCCGGCGUGCUGAUCGGUGAAGUCUUGUGGCAUCGAAUUGAAUACCGACGGCGGGGACGGUCGGUCGACAUUACAGGGAUGAACGGUGCGCCAGCGAACGCCAGAAACGGACUGGAAUUGUAUUACGUUGAAUAG